AUGCGCGACCCUCCUGAGUUUUGUUGUCCGAUCUCUCAUGCCCUGAUGGAAGAUCCAGUGGUUGCAGCUGAUGGAAACCAUUAUGACAGAUCUUGCAUCAUGAAAUGCUUCGAGAAGAGCAAGCGAAGUCCUACUACGGGAGUGACAAUGGACACAACCGUGCUCCACCCCAGUCAGCGCAUGAAGUCCAGCAUCAUCGCAUACAAGGAGAAGAUCGUCGCGGAGGUCUUGUCGGUGGCCUCACGCCUGUCCAAAAAGGACGCGCUGGAAGUGCUCUUGAGAGGUGAGCAGUUUGUCCGACCAUGCUUGCCAGAUGCUUCUGCAAAGAAGAAGUUGUCUUCACUUCUGCUCCUUCGUGUGAAGAUGGUUCCUGGUACGAAGUGCAGCGAGGUAAUUGAAGAACUUCUUCCGCUGCUCCUGGAGAUGAAAGAUGCGCUGCAGCUUAAGGUUUUGCUGCCUCUUCUCAACGAACCUGAAGCACUAGCCUUGCUUUCGAAGGCUAAUGAUGAGCUCGUAGACUCCUUGCGUGGCCCUGGGCCCCACAAUUUUCUGGUCAACCAGGAGCUCGUUCGCCGAAUUGCAAGCUCCUUGGUGACAGAUGUGGAAGAUGUAAAAAUGAAGCACCUGUGGGUCUUAAUUUGCCAAAAUGUCAAGGAUGAUGAAGAGUGCUGGAUGGAGGCAGCAUCUUUGGUACUUGCAACUUUCAAUGAUAGGCUAACAGCAAAACUGGAAGAGCUUGAAAUGGAACUCCUUCGACAGUCUUGUGGCUACCUCUUCGACAAAGAGAAUGCAAUGUCUUUUGCUGCCGACUUCUUCCAGAGUGACCUUGGCAUUUCCGCCAUGGAAUCAUGGUCUGCUGACCUGGGUGAGAAAUACAAGGAUCUGCUUGAUAAGUACAAUGAGCUAAAAGGUGAGUGCCAAGAGCUAAGAGACAAGUGCAACGCACCUCAAAAGCCUUGUGAAGCGCCCAUCAUGUCUUUGAAGUGGGAUUUGUCGACCUACGACUUCACCAACUUCACCGAAGAUCAGGAGCAGCUCAGCGAUGAGUUCCAGCUCGGGGCGUCCGGCGUCGAGGCCUGGCUCGAGUUGCAUCCCAAGGCUUCGCCAGAUAAGGCCUCUCUGUAUCUUCACGUCAGCGAGCCCGUCUGGGCGAAGUGGCGAUGUCAAGUGGGCAGUUGGGAAGACACUACGGAGUGGGAAUUUGCCAAAGAGGCAGACGGCAGCUUGAACGGCUAUGGUUUUGAAGAAGCAAUCCCCUUUUCGGACCUCGCUUCGGGCAUCGCCUUCGAUCUGCUGAGCGUCCGCCGCGCCGGGUCCUCCUUGCGGUUGGUCGCUCCGGGCUCUUUGCCGGGUUUGUGCCGGUUUAGACUCCGACGAGGGUCCAACGCAUGUGCCGCAGGCGGAGGACCGGCUGUGGGGAGGAGGCCCAGCAUGGAGGAUCUAGCCGAGCAGGAGGAGCAGGCCCUGGCAGAGCUAGGAUGGACUGUGACGAGGUUAGCAACUUUGAAAGGCUGCAAGUUGAAGGUCCUGGAUUCCAUCCUAGAGUUGAAGGGAGACUUCGGACAAGAUGUUGCAGGACUACGGGAGACAAGUGCGACAACAGGUCCAACUCCGGUUUGGCCAGUCUUUGUCCCUUGGGUUGGGGUCAAUGCUAUGGGUUGCAUGGUCAUGGCCAAUGCCAUGGCACACUACCAGGUUGAGGUGUGCAAGAAAGCACAGCAACUUGCUCAGGCCCGUGGUGCACCAAACAAUGAGACCUGCGUGGUGGGCUGCUGUUGUUCGCGGUGCAUUGGCAUUCCAGCAGCGUUUCGUCCAACAAGUGCGGAAGCUGUUGAAGCAAGUCAGGAGGCCAUAGAGGUUGACAGCUUGAGCUCCAAGAAAGACGAGAAGGAGGAAGAUGUUGCUUCCACCACCUCAAUGUCAUCAGAUGAAUCUUUGGACCUGGAAGUGCCCUUUCCUCCAUCAUGGCAGACCCAUGCGAAGAAGCAACUCACUUGGUGUACUCGGGAUUUUCGUUUGCGUGCAGGCCUUCCUUACAACAAGGUGAACCGGACCAUCGUUUGUUCAAAGCUACAUUCGGACACCAGCGCCAUUGAUGUGCAGCAGGCUUUCGAGCAACGUUUCCGUGCUAUGCCAGACUUCAGGCACAUGUACUUCAAGAAAGGCUUCACUUCCUGCGCAGUGCUGCACGUCAACAUCACUGGCUUUGAUACCUCACAUCCAUAUGCCUUCGUGCUGGUCCUUGAUGAGACUGUUGCUCGAACAGCUCUUUUGUUCGAUGGCAUGGAGAUUUGCGGUUGUGCGGUCCAACUGCGUCGCCCUCACGAAUACUGCAGCCCCCCGGAUGGAGACUCUGGUGCUACUGCGCCAGUGCUGGAUGUGUCGGUCCUACAUCGGAUCGGCAUGCUGAGUUCAAAGAGGGAGACCCAUGGCAUGCCGAUGCAUGACAUGCAUGCUUCUCUUCCCGUGGAAAGCACCCAUCUACCACCGCGGCCUCCUCCAGGAAUUCGCCCUGCAGGAGCUACUCCCAAGUUUGCUCUUCAGCCGAUGAUGCGAGGGUUGCGGCAUUUGUACAUCGGAAACUUGCCUGUGGGGCACAGGAGCUUGCAGGAUGUCACAGAGUUGGUGACCUGUCUUUGCACUGAGCUAGUCUCGUACAGCAAGGAUCUAGGCCCUGCUAUGGUGGAUGCUGCAGAAGUGCAAGGGGGCUGGGUGGUGGAAAUGCAAAGCCCUGAGUUGGCAUUGGAUGCUCAAAACUGCUUGCGGCAGACGGUCUUGGCUGACACGCAUCUCUCGGUGUCCCCAGGAAGCAAGGUGUUGUUUGAGAAUCCACCCUUCAUAAAUCGAGAUUAUGCCCGGGUGCCCCGAAACAUCACUUGGAUGUUCCACAUCGAAGGUCAUGACCAGGCCACCGAGGAGUUCGAGGGCUUUCACGACGGGGACUUUCCGGACAUUCUUCUCGAUGUCUGUCUAUGGUGCUUCGAGACUGACAUUCCCAAAAGGAAGCAGGGGGCCAAGCUUCUGAGGGCUUUGUCAGGAAUGGCGCAGCUGGCAGUGGAGGAGAUGGACUUCGACGAGAUCGCAAACGAAGACGGUGUGAAAAACAUCAUGGCAAGACUUCGAGAGUUCUUUUUGCCUCACCUCGAAGUCUCACUCCCAAGAGCCUUCGAGACUGCAGUCUAUGGGAGACCUAGGCAGUCGACAGAAGGCUUCCCGGAGUUCAUCGCCCGCAUGGAGAAGGCCUUCAGCCGCUUGACCAAAGAAGGAGUGGAGCUGCCUGAUGGAGCGACAGGGUACAUUUUGUACCGCCAAGCUUCACUAAGUGAGCCCCAAGAGCAAAGACUUCUCAUGUGGUGCGAUGGCAAGUACGACAAGAUGUCCAUAGUGAAAGCCUUGAGAAAACUCGAUAAGGUGGUCAAGGAGAAGUCCAACAGCAAGGGCACCUACUUGAUGGACAUCGAUGACGCUGUUGAGAAUGACACGUACCUCCAGGCUGAAGAUGAGGACGGCGACGGAGAAGAAUUCAUCUACGUGGCCGAAGGAGACCUGGACGGCGCCUAUACAGAAGAAGAAAUGAUGGAAGCCUUGGCUAGCUAUAGAGAAAUCCGAGACGCCCUGAAGAACCAAAGAAACGGCAGAGGUUUCUACAACCGGGAGAACUUCAAGGGCAAGGGCUUUGGGCAGAGCAAAGGAAAGGGAAAAGGCAAGCAUCGAGUGCACAUUGAACAGUUGAAGCUUCGCACCCGAUGCUGGAGUUGUGGAGCCUUGGGACACCUCAGCCGAGAGUGCACCAGCAAAGGUUCUGAGAAAGGAAAGCAUCAAUCCAAUGGAGCACCCGCCGGUUCCUCGGCAGCCUCAACCAAGACGGGCUUUUUCAUAGUGCAGGACGAAGGCGAUUUGGCCCACUCGUCCGAAUGUUUUCCUGGAGACUCAGCCGGUUCCGCCAAGGAAACCUUUUGGCUGAGGCAGUUUGUUGAGGAGAGGAAGCAAGCUCUCCGUCUCACAGAAAGCUCACCCGCUCGUUCAGCAUACAAGGCCGCUUCGUCCGACAGCCAGUUUUGUGGCAUCACCACGAAUUCGGAAGUCGGGGUCGUGGACACGGCGGCCGAAGGGGGACUGGUCGGGAUCAAUGCGCUUCAACGUCUUGAGCAUCGCCUACAUGAUCACGGAUUAGCAAUCAAGUGGGUUCCCAAGAAGUCCUUAGCCAAAGGCAUAGGAGGUCAAGCUCAAGUCGUUGGGGUAGCUAUGAUUCCUUUGGGCAUCGGAGGUAUUUGCGGGUUGCUCGAGGUCACGGUCGUCGAGGGUGAGGUUCCACUUCUGCUACCAGUUAAGCUGUUGAAACACAUGAAGGUCAUUCUCGAUUUCAUCAAGUACAAGUUCAUUUUGCCAGAUGAGGGUUUAGAGUUGAACAUGAGUGAGACGCCCAGCGGACAUGUCACUAUAGACAUCUUGCACUUCCCACCUGACGGCUUUGCAGUUCCUGCCAAUCAGCCGCUGCCCAGACCUUCGAGAGACUCGUCACCACCUCCGACCAUCAUGGCCGACCUGAUGGGGCGAAUGGGCAAGCUGAUGGGUGCCAGUUUGGGAGCACCUCAAGAGAAGAAAGAUGUGACAAUGAAAGGUCAGGCGAGGCGUCCAAAACUCGCCAUCAGGAACUGGAGAGUCAUGCUCGACAAGAUCUUCGUGAUGCUGGCCUUCGUCGAGCGCCAAAGCAUCGUGCAAGAGUGGUUCCCCGCGCAAUCACCUUCGGGGCCAUUUGCGCCGCCCUCAAGGCAGGACGGGGACUCUCUGGAGGCCAUCUACAGCGAGAUCAUCACCAAAGCGAAGCCGCUGACUCCACUGAAGUCCAAGGAGGCACCGACUACGGCCGCCAGUUCAUGCAUUCAUCCGAAAGCUCAGCUCAGGGGCGGCGGGAACAAGAGUGCCUCGUACAUCAUGUGCAAGAUGUGCCACUCCCGUUGGGAGUCCCCGCUGACGGCCACCGAGAUCAAAGAAGACUUGAAGAAGAACAAGAAGGGCCUCUUGAGCCAAAGUCCAAUGGCGAAUGUCAAAGAAGAGAUGAAGAAGAAGAUGGGCGGAGAGACCUCCUCGACAACAUCCAGUGCCUCAGCUCCUACGGAGAAGGUCAUAUUGGAGCUGCAGAAGUACCUGAACCAGGAAAAGGAGGAGAAUCAAGCCGAGCAGGAAGCCAUGUGGAAGGAGCUGCAACAGAAAAGGAGAUCAAGAUGGAGGAGAAGGAGCGAGGAGGAGGAGCAAAAGCCCAAGGACGGAGAAGCAGAGGUUUGCAGCAGCAGAAACGGUGCAGAUCCCGGACGACGACUAGAAGAAGAUGACGGCCCGUGGAUGCCGGCCGAGAACACAAUGGCUAGAAGGACGCUUCGUAAGAUCCAAGCUGGACAAGUGCCACAUUUGAAAGCAGCACUGAAGUUCCAGGUCAAGGUCGCAGAGAAGGAGUGGAAGGAAGAAGAAGGACUUGUGCCUUUGAGAGAAGAGCGAACAGUGAGGAUUCAAGCCUGGCUGUCCAGCCAGGCGAAACUUGAAGAUGAGUUCGGCGUAGAGAAGGAGACCCAGCUCAAUCAACGACAGAGGAAGCAAGUUAUGAAAGGUUUGAAGAAGCAGCUAAAGAAGGAUGGUGGGCAUGAAGAGGAGAUCCUCUCGGUGCUAGUGUUAGUCACCGACGCUGGAAGAGAAUUCUCUUCCCAGUUGAUGCAAAUGGCCGCUUCGCAUGGGAUAGUGACUCAGACUAUCGCAGCAAAGGCUCCUUGGCAGAACGGCCGUACUGAACGACAUGGACAACACUUCAAGGAGCUCCUAGAGAAAGCAAGAGAAGAAGCAGUGAUCACGUCAAAAGAAGAGUUAGAGCUGCUCAUGCAAGAAGUUGAGAUGACGAAGAACAGGUUCAGCAACAGGAGCGGCUUCUCUCCGGUGCAGCGGCAGAUUGGGCAAUGGCCCAGAGUCCCAAGUUCGCUCUUGGGAGACGAUGUGAUAGAUCCCGGGCUGAUGAACGGAGCGGUGGUGGACGACAUGGAAAGACUUCACGAGAUGAGGAGGCUUGCGCAGAAGGCGUUCGUGGAGCACAAUGCCAAAGAAGCCCUGAAAAGGGUUGAAAGAGGAAGAACCAGGGCGCCACAAGAAUUCACAGCAGGAGACUACGUCUUCGUCUACCGAGUGCCCAGACAGAAGAAGAGGAAACAUGAAGGAGGUCAGCCAAGCCAUGAAAGAAGCCCGAACAAAGCCACUUGGAUAGGCCCCGGGACAGUCAUUGCCGUCGACGGGGCUAGUCUCUGGGUUUCCAUGUACGGAGAACUAUGGAGAGUCGCCAGAGAGCAAUGCAGACCAGCCACCAAUGUGGAGAAGCAGGGCAUCGAAGAAGUGAUGAGGAGCUGUAAGGAGCUGGUCGAAGAGUUCAAAAGAUCAUCCCACAGGAAAGGCUAUAAAGACUUGAGAGGAGAGAGAUGGCCAGAAGACGACGAAGAUGAAGAAGGAGGAUUGAAAGAAGAGGGAGAAGACCUUGAAGCCAAGAGAAGAAGAGUCGAAGAAGAAGAAGUAGAAGAGGAAGGCUACACCCCGACGGAGCCCAUCACGACGCCAAGAAGUAGAAGCCGAAGUCCAAGGGACAGGGCACCAAGCUCGUGGGAGGAUGAGCCUGAAGAAGAAAGAGAAGAAGAUGAAACCAGGAGUCAGCAAAGAAAAAGAGAAGAACAAGAGGAGGACGCUUCUCGAAAGAAGAAGAAGGAAGAAGAAGAUGAAGGCUACCAGAGAAGCCUACAGGAAUCCAUCAAAGAGCGAGGGCACUGGACGGUCAACCCAUACUUUCAAGAAUGGUUCCUGUCAAGCCGGUUGGAAGAAGAAGACGAAGACUUCUGGAUACUUCGCAAGAAGGACCUGCAAGGACUGGCAAAAGGAAGUAAGAAGGACUUCUGGGAGAUCGACUUCAAGGAAAAGAAGAUAGUGCUCUUUAAAGAGCUGGAGAUCGAGAAGUUCAACAUGCGCGAAUGGGCCUCAACCAUGUCCAAGGAAAGAACGGUGGCCCUAGCCAAGGACGACAGUGGAUGCCUCAGAGAGUGCCUCGCGAUCGUGGACGCGAAGAGUCUGUAUGACUACCUGAGCCGGGGGACCAUAGGAGGACAAGACAAACGUACAGCCAUAGAAAUUCAAAUCAUAAGGCAAGACCUUCAGCAACUCCAAGGUGAGAUCCGCUGGGUCGAUCAUCCUGCCAUGAUCGCAGACCCUCUCACCAAAGUGAAGGGUUCAUGCCAGCCGCUGAUAGAUCUCCUCGAGAAAGGAGAAUUCAGCAUCUCAGCUGAGGCAGAUCGCUUGAAGAAGCGACUCGACCACAGAGAGAACGGAGGUUCCAAUGCAAAGCUCCGAGCAGGAGGUCCAACGCAUGUGCAGGAGGCGGAGGAGACGCCCACCGUGGAGGAUCUCGUGGACCGGCCGGCGAAGAUGCGCAAAGUGGAGGAGCCCGGCGGCGAGCCAUCAGCUCCAUCAGUACCAUCAGGGUCGCCGGCGAAGGGGAUUAGCCGAGAUUCCGAGAAGAUGAUCCUCCGCAUGAGUCAGAAAGGUUUAUCCCCUGAGACGAUUGCGGAUGUGUUGAAUGUGGAAGCUGCAGAAAUCAUGAAGACUCUUGAGCUGAUGCAGUGUGGUGCACAGGACAGUCACACCGGUGGGCAAGUGGGCGAACAUGGCCUCACCUCAUUGGUGAAGCGUCUCAUGGUGGAUCCUCCUGACCUUUGUUGUCCCAUUUCUCACGCGUUGAUGGAAGAUCCGGUGGUUGCAGCCGACGGGUUCCACUACGACAGGUCCUGCAUCAAGGAUUGGCUUCAACAGAGCGCGAAUGCAAAAAGUCCAUCAACAGGACUGAUCAUGAAGUCAAAGGUGCUGUGGAUGAACUUUGUAAUAUAUUUGGAUUUCUUUUUGGCGAUUGGUUGGGUUAAAAUGAGAUGA